AUGAUCGAGCCUCUCCUCGAGCGAUUAGAACAUAAUGUACACAAUGCGUUUCCCAUGCCCAAAUUCCACGCCGAAACACAGUCACCAGCCGCUCAGCAACGGCCAUCUUCCUACCCUCCCGCCUCGUACUCGCAAGAACCCAACUCAGUGCCACCGAGCAGCAACAAAGAGAAUACUCCUCCAACAGAGUUAGAGCAUCCCUCACAGUCGACAGUACCCGCAUCAGCUGCCACACCGCCUCCAUCGGGCGAGCGAGUUCCUGACUCCAAACCACAGUCAUUCGUUGAUUCCUCAACCGAUACCGUCCCCCCACCGCUUAUGUUAUUGCUGGAUUCCAUCAAAUCGACAUUAAAGACAUUUUUUUCGUCGAAGCCUCCGCACACCAUACAGAGACUGGCAGAACUAGUUCUCCGACCUAAUGCACACUAUCGAACCCUCCCUGCGUACCUGCGAGCCGUCGACCGAGUCGUUUGCGUCACAAGUACCGCUGAUAUAUUUCCACUUCAAACAGAAACCAGCGCAGGUCAGGCCAAUGGCGUCUUGAACGGAGGAGGGCAUAGUUUCAUAUUUCCAGAUCAUGCCCCAGGAAGCGAUGAGUCGCUGGGUGGAGCCCUGCUCACGCCGAUCCCUUGGUUGACUGGCGCAUCUUCCCCCGGCAACGACGGUGGAGCUACACUCAGUGAAGGUCUAGUUUCUGGUGACUCAUUAUCAUUGGUCGCGCAAGCACCACACUCAGAGCAGGUUCAGAGCGACACCGCUUCGGAACCGACAGCACAAGGCCAAUCUUCAGAAAUGACAGCGCAAAACGAGACUAUGGGUGGCACUAGCCCCCCGCCAGCCGAUUCGUCCGAGGAGAUCCCCCACGCUCGUGGGCCGCCGAUCCUAGGAGUAGAGGAUAUGGGCCUGCAGGACGGCAAGGGAGUCCAGAUGACUCUGGCACAGGACGCAAACGCGCUUGCUACUCAGUCGCCAGCACAGGCCGAACAACCUAGUUCCACUGCUGAGGAACAAACGGAGAACCGAGAGCCGGCGUCUCGGGCUAAUGCAGACAGCGACGGGGAUAUCCAGCUUGACGAUGCGAAAGAGGCGGGGGAAUCGGCUCCUGCCGCAACAGCAACAGCGGCGGCGGCAGAAGCUACUGAAACUCCCCAGGCGACAGAGGACAAGGAUGUUUAG